AAUCCGUGCCUCUUUCAGAUGACCAAUUGGAGCCGUUUGUUCCUUUUUUGUUGGGCACUGGGCAUUGCAAGAUCUGCUCCUACGUCACAGUUUGCUCAGAAAAACAAAAAUGAUUCACUUAAUCUCACAAGAACCACACGGAAGAGUGUGCAGCACCUCCUGGAGAAAUAUAAGCUGCAGAUGGGGAACAUCCAUCUAGAGGACCAUAGCUACCACUUGAGGGAUCUGCCGUUGCUUUCCACAGAUUUCAACAACUGGUUUCAGAUGACGGACUGGACUCGGCUGCACGGAGCUUUAGGGGACAUCCAGACCUACUGGAGCAUGCUGGGGUGGAAAAGAAAACAGCUGGAGCAGGAGCGUGACGUGCAGAUGGACCCCAGUUUGCUUCAGAGCAUCAGGCACGUUCAGCAUGACUUAUGCGACCUGAUGAAGAAAGUCAACAGUGAGAUGAGAGGCAUUAAAAGCUCUUGGGUCAAACCAGCACCUUGUGUAGAACUACAGAACCUUGGGAGGAGCUCCAGAACAUUGUGGGAAAGCAGAGUGGAAGGUUACAUCAUUCUCAGAGAUUUACACCUUUACCUCACAAAACUAGCAAGAGACUUCCUUCUACUGGCCUCCAAAUCACACUCAUGACCCCAUACAAAAGACGGUGAACAAAGUCUGAACAAUUACACAGCAGCUCUGGGAUUAACUGUGUAGGACUGCAGUCUGAGCACUGGAUUACUUUUUGUUGUGAUAACUGCUGCUGUACAUCUCAGGUUUUUUUUGGGUAUUUCCCAAAGUUUCUAUCUGACCUCUAAUUGUAAAUUUGACACAUGCUCCCAGAAGACAUCCUGUUUUUC